UUUUAUUAACGUCAUUUAUUUUUGCACACAUGUCUAUGCUCAACAACUUAAAAAAGACACAGAAGAAUUCCAUCUUUAUUGAUGACGAUGAUGACAUGGACAUUGACAACAUGGAUUUCCCCCUUCCCUCCGACGGUCCUUCAUCAUCAUCAUCUUCUGGACCCAGCUUAGGUGGCAUGGGAGGAAUGGGAGGAAUGGGAGGUAUGCCUGAUAUGGCACAAAUGCAGAAAAUGAUGCAGAGUAUGGGUAUGGGUGAUAUGGCUGGUAUGGGCGGUAUGGGUGGUUUGGGUGGUGCUCAGCGUCCCAGCGCUCCUGCUUCUGGCAAAGACUCAGGCUUUGUCGCGGUAGCCACUGGUCCUGGAGGAAACGUCCGUAAAAUGAACCCCGAAGAAUACAAAGAUUGGGUUUGUGUAUAUCCCUGUUAUAUCGAUGCUGACAAGUCAUUGGAAGAAGGACGUAAGAUUUCCAAAGAAAAGUCAGUGAAAUCACCUCAUGCCUAUCAUAUGGCUAUUGCUUGUCAAAAGUUAGGAUUAUCUGCAGUUUACGAGAAUAAGUGUCAUCCUCGUGAUUGGGCUAAUGUUGGACGUGUGAAGGUUCAAUUAAAAAACAGAGCCAAUUUUUAUGUCCAUGAAGAUAUCACUAGCCGUAAGCAAUUAUUUAUUGCUAUUGCACAGCUUUUACCUCAAGUACAAAAAGAAGGGGAUGUACCCAAGUCUAUUGUGACACCUUUAACCACAUUGACCGAAAUUGAGGCACUUGCAGAUGAACAACGUAGAGCACAAGGCCUUCCUACUUUAUCGGAAAUGCAAGGUCAACAACAAGCUAUUCAACCUCCUGCACCAGCACCUGCUAAAGCUAAAAAGCAAAAGGUCAAGUAUGUUCGUGCCUAAUUUUUUAUUUUUUUUUUUAUUUUGGUUUUCCCCAAAUUUUUGUUCCAUGCGCGAAAGCGCGUUUUUUUAAACUCUUUUUUCGGAGGGAAAGAGAAACUGUACACAAUAAAAUAUAAUUCAAAUGCAGCAAUAAA